CAUCUAGCAUCACCAGAAGUCCAAGACAUUUGUUUGCUAUAGUCAAUCUAUUUAAUAUUCUUCACCGAGAUGAGUUCAUUCCAACCCGCCAUCCUAUCUGCCUCGCUCGGCCGAGCAUGGCUCCACGACUUCGCCAACAAGGCUAAACAAGCCUCAGACCAUGGCUUUCAAGGCAUUGAAGUCUUCUAUGAGGAUCUUGAAUAUGAGGCAAAAAGGCUGCACAGUGUCGAAACUCCUAGCAACGACCAGAUCCUUGCUGCCGCGUCGCAUAUUCGAGAGUUGCUAGAUGGCGUGAAGCUCACAGUCAUUGGUCUGCAGCCAUUCCUAUUCUACGAGGGUCUGAAGGAUCGUGAGCAACACGCUCGACUUAUCGAAAAGAUCAAGUUGUGGUUCAAGAUCGCCAAGAUACUCGGGACCAACACGAUUCAGAUUCCUGCCAACUUCCUCCCGGCUGAUCAGUUAACCGGGGAUAUGGAUGUUAUAGUGGGAGAUCUAGUCGAACUAGCUGAUCUGGGAAUCAAAGAAGAUCCACCAAUUCGCUUUGCUUAUGAGGCUUUGUGUUGGAGUACCCAUGUCGACACGUGGGAGAAGUCAUGGGAGGUAGCCAAGAAAGUUGACAGACCCAACUUUGGCCUCUGCCUGGAUACAUUCAACAUCGCCGGACGUGUCUGGGGAGACCCAGCUUCUCCGACUGGCAAGACACCCAACGCUGAUCAAGAUCUCAAAGAAUCUUUAGGGAGACUUGUCAAAGAGGUAACUCUGGAUAAGGUGUUCUACAUCCAGGUCGUUGAUGCUGAGAGGAUGGAAACUCCCUUGGUCAAAGGACAUCCAUUCCAUGUUGAUGGAAAUCCCGCUAGGAUGAACUGGUCACGAAAUGCCAGAACUUACAUGUAUGAGACAGACCGAGGCGCUUAUCUUCCGGUUGAGGAUAUUGCAAAGGUGUUAAUUCAUGAUAUGGGUUACAAAGGAUAUGUCUCGAUGGAGUUAUUUUCGCGAACUAUGGCUGAGGAGGGAGAGGAUGUGCCGAAACAACAUGCAGAGAGGGGUAUCGCAGCUUGGAAGAAGUUUGUUGAGAGAUUGAGGUUGAACGAGAUCUAGAUAAAGUAGGAGUAGGAACCAACAAUGAACAGCGAUG